AUGAGUUUCUUGAGCUGGAACUGCCGGGGAAUGGGUGGCACCCGGACAGUUCGCGAACUAUUGGGCAUCAUGUCCAAAAAGCGACCCAUGUUCGUUUUCUUGAUGGAAACGAAGGCUACUGAUGUACAGGUGGAGGAGGCACGUGUGAAGAUGGGUUUUGAUUGUAAGAUUGGUGUGGAGCAUACGGGUUUAGGUGGGGGUCUUGCUUUCUUCUGGAGGAGUGCGGAUACGGCAUCGCCCAUGAGUUACUCAACCAACCACAUUGAUAUGGAGAUAACUCUGCUCGAUCGCCCGGCUUGGAGGCUCACUGGCUUCUAUGGUGAGUCGGAUCGGUCCCGACGUCAUAUUACGUGGGACUUGUUACGGCAACUAAAGGACAGGUCAUCCCUGCCGUGGGUCGUCGUGGGCGAUUUCAACGACAUCGCAUGUCUUUCCGAGAAGAGAGGAUCACAUUCCCAUCCGACCUCGCUUAUUGAAGGGCUUAAUGAUGCUUUAGGUGACUGUCAGCUUGUUGAUUUGGGUAUGGAAGGCGGUAGGUACACAUGGGAGAAGAGUCGAGGUACCGAGUCGUGGAUGGAAGAGCGACUGGACAGGGCGGUUGCCACGACGGAGUGGUUGGAGCUUCAUGACGAGGUGGUGGUUCAAAAUAUAUACACUGUGUUCUCGGAUCAUUGUGCGCUGUCGGUAAGCUUUGACCCGGGGGCUGCCAGAGCACAUUCUGGUUCUUUUAAAUUUGAAACCGCUUGGCUCUUGGAGGAGGGAUGUGCCAAGGUUGUUGACGAAGCCUGGCGCUUAUCCGCGGGCUUAGACUUCCAGGAGCCAGGAGCGUCUUGCCAUGUGUGGCGAGCGACUAUGGAGGUGGGGAGGAGAACAUCAUCGGCGAUUUGGCAACCGCAUCCAAAUUUUGCGCCGAACCUUGGCUCGUUUAAAGGAGGAUCAUAG